AUGUUUAUGACUCACAUCAAAGAAUUGCCUUCAUCAAUUACGUAUUUCACUUCUUUAAGAGAAUUGAUUCUGCCUGAGACUCACAUCAAAGAAUUGCCUCUAUCAAUUGGGGAUCUCACGUCCUUGGUGGAAUUGAACGUUUCUAAAACUCCCAUCAGAGAAUUGCCUUCAUCAAUUGGGGAUCUCACUUCCUUGGACGAAUUGGACGUGUCUGAAACUCUCAUCGAAGAAUUGCCUUCAUCAAUUGGGGAUCUGACUUUCUUGAAACGAUUGAACCUUUCUAAAACUCCCAUCAGAGAAUUGCCUUCAUCAAUUACAAAUGUGCCGCACGGUGUUUACGGAGGGCUCCAGCAUCUGGAAUAUCUCAACCUCUCUUGGUGCCCAAAACUGGUGACAUUUCCAAGAAGCAGUUUUGAUAGUCUUCCGGCAUGCAUCAGCAAAUUCAGCAGGUUGGAAUCUCUUGAUUUAAGUGGUUGCAAGAGGCUUCGAGACAUUUCAGAACUUCCACCAAAUAUACGAGGAAUAAACCUGGAUGAUUGCGUAUCGUUGGAAAGGUUUUCAAAAUUGUCAAAUAUACUGGAACAGAAAGACACUCCGGGACAUCUUCGAAGUAUGAACUUGUCUAAUUGCAAUAGACUGAUGGAUAAUCUUGGCAUGGACGUGGUGUCGAAGAUGGCAAAAGCAUUGCUUAAUCAGCUGGUGCGUGCCGGCUUUGAAUUGAUUCCUAAUAACAUCCUCGUGUGAUAACUUGCACACCUUUCUUCUUGCACACUCUAGCAUCGAUUUCAUUAUCUUCACAACAUCAUAGUCUUUCGACACAUGCACCCA